UCAACACCUCCAAUUUUUCCCAGCCGAUAUCUACUGAUCUUGUUGGCUUCCAUUAUAUUUCUCUCAAAUUCCUAGUUUAAUAUAAUGAUCAGUAACAAGAAGCUCAUCAAGUUGGUGAAAAGAUGGCAGAAAUUUGUUGUCAUCCGAAGAAAGAGGAUUUCACUUCCAAGACUAAAUGAUGAUGCAGAUAGCUGUAGUACUUCCUCUGCAGUUAGCAAGGGUCAUUUUGCUAUCUACACAGCUGAUCAGAACCGGUUUGUUGUCCCUCUAUCUUAUCUCGAGAAUGAUAUUAUUAUGCAACUCUUGAACUUGUCGGAAGAAGAAUUUGGACUUCCAAGCAAUGGGCCUAUUACACUACCAUGUGAUGCAGUGUUCAUGAACUACAUCAUUUCACUUCUUAGCCGAGGCUUAUCCAGAGAACACGAGAAUGCAUUGCUUAUCUCAGUUACUUCAUCCCGGUGUUCAUCAGCUUCACUGAACCAUGAAGGGUGGAGAAAUCAGGAAAUACUAGUUUGUUGACAGAUAGAAUUAACUAUUUUUAGUAUACUUAGAAAGUUUAGAAUUCAAAUGUAACUAAACUCAUAGACUUCACAUUUCAAGAAGUUUGCUUUUUAUAUCAGAUUGCCUACCUCCUCA